AUGAUGUUUUACGCGACCGGUCACACUAGUCAUUGUUUUGAUUCUUUUCUUGCUUUGUUUUUUUCACUACCCUUGGAGUUCUUAAUUAAAAGCCUUGUCCAUGGAGCAGCAACUGGAGAAGGUCUUGGGAGAAAUCGCCGCGCGACAAGACACCGUGGGAGCUUUGCUGGCGAAUCGUCAGGGAUUGUGUCUUGGCACCAAGGGCGACAUUGAUCCAAACGUGUCCGGCAUCGGAAUGGCCAUUUCCGAACAGGUGGCCAAACUGGAGCCGAACACCACGGUUCCGGCAACAAUUUGCCUGUACAGCGGCAACAAGCGCUGUGUGAUUCAGAAGGAUGGCGAGAUCACAGGCGUGAUCUUCAAGCAGGAGACGCCUGCAUCGGCGACCGCCGCCAGCAACUAACAGAAGCUGGGGCCUCAAGCGCAACUCUCAGGCCAAAUACGCAAGUCAAGAUACGGAUACAAAGUCAAAAUACAGAUAUAUCUUCCAAGAUGCGACAGCUUCGCUCGAUUGCCCGAGGGCAGCGCAUGUUACAUUUGCCUCUCGUUCUAACCGAUAACCCUAACCAUUGUUUUCUACGACUCGCAUAGCUAUAAGCAUUACGGAUUACGCAUUACGGAAUAUGCAUUACGGAUUACGCAUUACGGAAUACGCAUUACGGAUUACGCAUUAAGCACUGCUGUUAGUCGCCAUGUCUAAAUCAGCCUAGCGCUAUCAUAAUGUAUGUACAUAUAGACAGACUUUGUACGUUUAAGCCCAAAAGUGAUUGAAGCAUAUACACCAAUUAAAAUUAUAGCGAUGAAGCAAGCCA